UUAGCAAUGUUGGGUGCGCAUCCAUGUGUUUCAUCAAUUUUGAUCGUUAUAUAUCUAGUAAGGUUACUUCAAGAGUUUCAAAAGCUUUCGACUCGGCUAUCACAGACCAAUCAGAACGAAGAUAUCGUGCCGCUGUGAAUUGCCAUGAGCUCCAUUGCUGAGUCGGAGCGAUUUCCGGCUUACAUGGUCGACGGUAUGCCUUCGAACGGGCAAGACUGGCUAGUGCAGCCUUUACUAACGGAUUACUACCAGAUAACAAUGUGCUAUGGCUAUUGGCUUGCUGGUUCGCAUGACGACAUAGCUACGUUUGAUCUUUUCUUUAGAAAAAAUCCGUUCAAAGGUGAAUUUACGGUCUUCGCUGGUCUCGAGGACUGCCUACGAUUUGUGGAAAACUUCAGAUUCAGUAAAAGUGACAUUGAAUAUAUAAGAACGCUUCUUCCACCUGAUAGCAAUCCUGACUUCUUUGAUUACCUGGCUCAGUUGGAUUGUCGAAAGGUCAAGAUCGAAGCUGUCCCUGAAGGAUCCGUCGUGUUUCCAAAGGAACCGCUUAUAACAGUGGAAGGACCAUUGGCAAUAUGCCAGCUUUUAGAAACCACGUUUCUCAAUCUAAUCAACUUUGCAUCCCUAAUAGCCACAAAUGCUGCAAGAUUUAGACAUGUUGCUGGAGAGAAGAUGAAGUUGUUUGAGUUUGGGCUGCGACGUGCACAAGGGCCGAAUGGCGGACUAACGGCGAGCAAAUAUUGCUACAUAGGAGGUUUUGAUGGCACAAGCAACGUCUUGGCAGGAAAGCUUUUCGGUAUACCCGUCAAAGGGACGCAAGCACACAGUUUCGUGUGUUCGUUCUCUACCGCCGACGAUUUACGAACGCGCAGAUUGAAAGCGAAGGAUGGGUCUCGCGAGUGCGAUCUCUACAAUCUCAGCUUGGAAAAGAGAAGCUGGUUAAUGGAAAAGAUAGACUGGGGCGUAUCUCAAUCAGAAGUGAAUGAAAGUGAACUGGCGGCUUUUGUCGCCUACGCGGUCGCGUUUCCAAGCAACAAUCAGUCACUCAUUGAUACUUACGAUGUGUUGAGGAGCGGUGUCAUCAACUUCCUCGCUGUCACUGUGGCCUUACACGAGCUUGGGUACAAAUCCAUAGGUUGCAGAAUAGACAGCGGAGAUUUGUCUUACUUAUCAAAGGAAGUGCGAGCUCGUUUCAGCAAAGUGGCUAAACUAAGACCAGACUUGAGUUGGAUAGAAAACUUGGUGAUCGUUGCCUCUAAUGACAUUAAUGAAGAAACUAUUACAUCUUUGAACGAGCAGUCGCAUGAGAUUGACGCUUUCGGAGUCGGAACCCACCUCGUCACCUGUCAGAAGCAGCCGGCUCUUGGCUGUGUUUACAAAUUGGUUACGAUAUCCGGACAGCCAAAAAUAAAGCUGAGUCAAGAGAUGACCAAAAUCACAAUUCCGGGUCGGAAGAAGUGUUUUCGGCUCUAUGGCAGAAGUGGCUACUGCAUACUGGAUCUGAUGAUGCUUGCGGAUGAGGAGGAUCCCAAAAUCAAUACGCAGAUUCUAUGUCGCCAUCCUUUUGAAGAAUCAAAGAGAGCAUUGGUCGUGGCUAGUAAGAUUGAGCGAAUGCAGCAAACCUUCUGGUGUAAUGGUGCUUUAGCACAGGAAUUGCCAAAGAUAGAUGUAAUCAAGAAUCGCGUGAACACAUCGCUUGAGAGCCUCAGAGGAGACCACCGGCGUUCUCUCAAUCCUACACCAUACAAGGUGUCCGUGUCGGAGAAGCUGUACGAGUUUCUACAUUCACUGUGGUUGCAGAAUGCCCCGAUUGGACAGCUUGAAUGAUGACAUCGAAGCUUCGUCAGCUGCUCUUUCAAGUAGCGAGUAGUGACGAUAGCAUUAGAUCAUAGGUAGUGACGGUGCGAGAAAUUUUUUAUCGGGGGCUUGGCAUUGGCCAUGCCAUAUGAAAUUUUUUAGUGGGAUCUUCAAAUCUUUGCAGCUUCACUGAAUACAUUAAUUUCGCCACCCGGCACGCCUCUCCGCCCCCUCAUUCCGCCACUGGUAAUAGGGUAGGGUGUUUAGGUAAGCCAUAUGAAUCUAUUCAGCCGUGUCUGUCUGUCUGUUUCUCGCAGUGUUAGACCUAAUAACAGAAUAAACCUCAACAAAUAAGUCUCUGGGCUGUAUUGAACCUUGUCAGUACUGUUAGUUACGUUACUUCCCCUCAUUCAUCUAUAGAUUUUAUCGUUCGAGUCUGUAAAGAAUCUAUUGAACACUCUGAUUAUACAGCCGACGUCAUUAUUUUGUCGUGAGUUUUUUUAGCAACUCCCUUAUUCUUGCCAUGUUCUACUUUGCUUCAGUACAUUAACCUGUUGCUAUACCUUUAUCAAUCUCCCUUCUGCCAUUUCUUACAAGGGAACGAUAC